CAACGUAAAAAUCAUGCAAAACCUAGUAACGAAGAGAUACGCUUUUUUCAAGUCAAGCCAAUUCCCUUCAAAGCCAAAAUGGAAUGUAAAAGCUAUCAUGAAAAAAAGGGAAUUCAUUUAGGCAAAUUAUGGAGUUGGCCUUCAGUUCGCAUCUUUAUUG